AUGGAGCUAAAAGUCUAUUUGGAGGAGCUCAAGAAAGGUCCUGCGAAUAUGCUGGAGCUGCUGGGCUACCUUGGUGAAUACCACAAAGACGCCGAACGGCUGCAAAUAGCAUCAACACUGGUCAAUCACACUCUCAGCGUGUACAAGCUAGCAGACGAAGACGUGCGACGGGUGAUCUGCGAUCUUCUGUGUUGCAGAGUUGGUUUGGGCCAGUUGGUGUUGCAGUGCAAACGGAGAUUGGACGAAAAUGCUGCACAGGCACUGGCAGAUACAGUCAGUGCGCCCAGGUUUCAACGGAUCUUGACAAACGUCCAGCAUAGCGAGCUGUCAGAACUGCGGUCUUUGCUGACUGUUCGGGUGUAUGAGGAGCUCAAUAGGGCGGCCACAGAGCUACACAGUGACGAGUUGAGGGAAGCAGCCGACAGAUACCCGAAACGUCUUUUAGACCUGGCACUUUCUUCGAGCGUUGCUGACUGGAGGUUUGUGAACGGUUGUUUGAGGAUGCACGCAGUGGAUCCUUUUGAGAAGAGCGUAUACACCCGUUUGGUGGCCAAAUUCAGCGAGAGGAACGACAUGGCGUUUUUGAAGCAGCUUUUAGGGCUUAUAGAGUCUGCUAUCCAGGACGCCAACGUUGCCGGCUACAAGAAACUAUUUGGGGAGCUCGAGGUCCGCGACUGGGCCACGGCGGUCUCGUUUGUGGUAAACUCGCCGCUGGAGCUACAGAAGAUUGUUGCCGGUCGUUUGCAGGCGGACGAAGCACUUGUUCUAAGGUACAUUUCCCUGUUUUCAUUGAAAUCGUAUAUUCAGCAGACGUCGUUCAGCGAGCACGAGCGUCUGACCCGACUUUUGCUGCUGCUGCUGCUUAAGCUGGACGACACACAGAUAAAAGAUAUCUCAACGCACGGCGAGUUUCUCAACGCCAUCAGCAACCAUUUGGAGUCGAACUCGCCUAAACUGAGGUUUUUUGGGAUGGCGGUGGGCGAUUUAGUUUACGAGCGACUAAAUAAAAAGCCAAUGUUCGACAUCGAGGAGCACAAUCGGCAAAGAGAAAAAUUCAUGAACGAGAUCACUAAACCAAUUCCCGACUGCACGCUGGACGAGGCAUUCUCCAUCAUCCGAAGGAAAGAACAAACCAUACAGAGACAACACACAGAGACAAAAAUUAUCAAGCCUGCUCCCGUUGUCAUCGACGAAGACCCCGAGGAUUCCGACGACGAGACGGUUCCGCGCAAUCGCACCGUUCCAACGCCUGUCUACCUCAAAGAGGUGAUCUCGUACUUACAGACAGACUCCCAGAAAGACCAGCUUGCGUACGAAAAACACGAAAUUCUGUACAAAGUGCUUGCUCCUCUGGUUCGCACCAAAGCCAACAGCCAGGAGCUCCAUUUCUACAGCGAGGCGCUGCUGGACUUGGUGCUGGGCCUCUCAAAAUCGUACAAGCUCGCCGACUUCGAGUCGUGGCGACUGUCGUGCUGCAUCGCCAUAUGUGUCGGCGAUUUUGAGCAGGCGGCCGCGUUCCUCAUCAAGAGCUUUUUUUCCGGAGACAUUUCGCUCAACAGACGAAUAUUGAUCUUGAGCUGUUUGAGUCUGAGCGCAAGAGAAAAAGCAGGGCUCAGCGACGAGUAUGUUGCUGGUAAAGAGACGGUGCCGGGUCUGGGACCACAGCGGCUGCCAGAAAAUAUACACAGACAAUUUAUUCAGUACGACGAGCAGCAGAAACCAGAGCUCAAAAGCAUCACCGAGCAGAUGGACACGCUGGAGCUGACGGGCACGGUGACACGGAUCUCGUCGCGACUGACGAAGAAAAAGCCGGCCAAAACCAAAGACACGCGGUUCAUCAACAACGAGCUGCCAAAAAUGUAUUUCCUGCUGGUCUCGACGUGGCAGUACGUGAACUCAAAGACAGGCUCUGGGUUUGUGAUCGGCCACUUUUCGCCGAUCCUCAACUCGCACUUUCUCAGAACGCUGGCUUUGGUACUAGACUGCGCGAUUCCGUCCUCGAUCCAGGUGCUGGACAUGGUGCGGGAGCUGGUCCUGAUUUUGACGGAGCACAUGAAACAGCUUGUGGUGCAGUACGAGGAGAUUGUUUUGGAGGCGGUGCUGGCCGGGCUGAGGACGGUCUUGCAAUGCGACGGCAGCCUGCUCCGUCAGCUCGUUGGUCCUGAGCUAAUUGCUAUGCGGGACUACCUGGACAUAUUACUGGAAAAUGGGGUUCUAAACGAAUCAACCAUACAAAACUGCGGCCAUAUAGUGUCAGAAAUCAGCAGAAUAGCAUCUCCGUUCGCUUAG